AUGGAUGAUGACAUCGAGACUAUGAAAAGUAGGAACAAAAAUCCUUUUUACAAUUCAUCUCGCUCUUGCAUAUGGAUCGAAUGGAACGAAGAAUUUGUUGUUGUUGUUUGCAAUUGCUUGGGUUUCAAAGAUAAGUGUUUUCAUCAGUGGGAAGCUGCAUUCAUGGUGUUCGAUGGUAAAAAGAAGAUAGAUGUUGGUAGUUAUGCUUCUAAGGAAUGUUACCCCAAUCUCCUCUACACAAUAGCCGCCAUUAAACCACAUCUCUACCAUCUCUCUCUUGGCGUCGUUACUAAAUGUCUCAGUGCCUCCACCGUCGCCACCUGA